AUGACGAAGCUGCUCAACCAUGUAGCUGACGAGAAGAUGUUGGAGAACCUCACGAAGUGGGUGAAGGCUUUCAUGGAGGCCGUUGAGUCAGAGUGGGCACGACAGUGGAUGGCGAAAGAUGCUCUUGGCCAGCACCUUUCAGGGCCCUUCGAAUCAGCAGGGCGAUUCUGCAAGGCUGUUGCGUUCUUGUUCCAGAUACCGGUUGCAGGGCACCCCGCGAUGGAGGACGUUGCGUACUUCAUGGACUACACCGGGCCAGUUGUCUGGCGGAAGUCAAUCAAAGGGAUUCUGAAGAAUCCAGAACCCGACGGCCCCAAUCAUUCGGAGAUCAAGCACAAAUCGAGGGAGCUUCUGAAAAGAUUGUAUCAGGAUGCUGUGCGUACGGCAGCAACAGAAGGACCUGCCAAACAGGUUCUUCAGACCUUGCAGGCUGCGCUCAAGUCUGGUGCCUCGGAACUUCGGCCGAAUUGCUGUCAGCCUUUGGGAGAAGUUCUCAACCAAAUGGGGGAGCUGGAAAAGAAGCUCCGCAAGGGUGGCAGCCAGGAGCUGCAGCAGGCGGCGAUUGCCUUUACGAAAGACUUGACCGAGAAGGUGCUCGAAGAAACAGCACCGUCGAUCCUCGGCCAGGACGUGGACGUCCUGCUCCAGUCGCUGAAGGUAUUCUCCGCUGCGAAGAAGGAGUUCCCUACAUUGCGGACACAGCUGACAGCUUGGGCAACGGCGCACAACACUGCCAUGGCUUCGCAGGAGGUGGAGCUCGAGCUGAAGCAGUUUGUCGCUGAAGCCCAGAAGCAGGAGGCUUUGACAAAGGUGAUGUUUGAUGCACACAAGAUCAAGGAUCUGCUGGGCAAGAUCUCGAAGCCACUUCAGGGAACUUUGCGCGAGGAAAUGGUGAAAGCAUUUCCCUACCUCUUGGAGCAAGUGCUUCAAAAGGUAGUCGGGGGCGAGCCGACGUCGACGGCCCUGCUGGCCAGCCUUGCUGUGAUGACAAAAAUGGCUACUUGGACAGAGCACCCGCACGAGGCACUUGCCUCAUUGCAGGUGAAGGGCUUGAAGAGCCACAUGCUCUUUAUGUCCCUUGUUGCCGAUCUUGAGGGUCUUGGGCGGGAUACUCAGUCGAGAUUGAGGAAGGACUCAAAGUUCAAGAUGCUCCGGGAGGUGAGCAACCACGAGAGCCAGUGCAAGAAGAUCUUCGAAGAGAUUGGGCAAUGGGAGGCAGCAAAUGCUGAGUCCAUGACGAGUCUUGGGGACAUGACCCCGGACCUCAUUGCGCCCGAGGACAAGAUUGUCCUGAUUGACAUCGUGAAGAGGAUCCAGAACCGCGCGCCGUGCGAAAGAGAUACGGUCUACACCGAUUGUGUGCAGCAGCAAUCCGCUGAGUACAGCAACCUCUUGCGAACGGCAAACCACAGCAUGCAGAAGGUGUCACGGUCAUUCUAUGCCGGCGGUGCUAGUUGCUGGAAAAUCACCUUGGGCGAGAAUUCCGACCUGACCGCAGUAUUGGCCAGGGCAUCGUCAACGUUGCUUCAGAUUCCCAUGGAGACUAUGAAGCACGAGAUUCAA